GCACAACGUAGUCAGGCAGGCCGGGUCGAUAACUAUCGGGAAGGUAGGUACAGGGGGUCAGGCAGAGAAUGGUCAGGGUCACAAGCCAGGGAUCAAACAGGAGAAGUCAGCAGAGGUCAGGAUCAUGCAGGGUCGGCAACAAGUCAGGCAGAAACAGGAACAGGAACAGGAAUGCAGGUUACAAGAUACAGGGGCCCAUGGGAAAAACACACACCAAGGCCAAGACUGUGAGUCUGGCCAUUCCUUAAAUACAACCCCUGCAAUCAGCUUCAGGUGUUUGGGCUGACUGCAGGGGUGAGUCUCUGAUUGCUGAGAGCACCCGCUGGCCAGCCCUGGUACUGCAGCCCACAAGGCAGGUGAGUCCCACCACUAUUGGCAAGUCCAUUCCUGACAAGUGGCCCAUUGUUGGUGUCAGUUUGGGGA